AUAAUAUUAUAAAUCAAAACCGCAACUAAAACUGCUAACAACCAGCACCAACCACAUUUGCCAAAACACACCCUAGAUUAUUUUUUGAUGUGCCGCCAAUGCGUGCGUGAGUAUCUCUAUUCCAUAGUCCCCGCAGUCCGCGUCCAAACGCUUCAAAAAAAAACCCUUAUUUGGACUCUCUGUUGUCUCUCAGUACUCCGUCACGACUUCCAACUCACCGGUCACUGCCGUUGCUGAAGAGCGAAGAACUCAGUUCGUCCUCUCGUUGCCACUGAGUCACAAAGACCUCAGCCCUCAAUCUUCCUUCUUUCUCACCGCCGGCCACUUCCGUUUACACACCGGUCAUCGCUGUUUCUCCUUAUUCGUGGUAUUUCAUUGAAGUUGCCACCUUUGUUUUGGACUUGAAGGUGUGGUAAUGGUGUAUUCCAAGGCCAUGAAAAGCUCCCAAGCUAAACCAGAUGAUAUAGAGAAAAUCCAAUCGGAUGUGGCAUCAUUUGCUUCUUCCCUGGGCCUUGCAUCUUCUCUCCCAUCUUCUGGGUUUGAUGAUGCUGAUUUCCGACCACAUAAAAAGAAAUCUAAAAAAUCAAAUACUUUAUCCCAAAAUGCUGAGAAGAAACCCAAUUCCCCAAAACCCCAAAUUCAAAAACCCAAAUCAAAUAAUGACCCUAAAACCAGAAAGUUUGACAACAAGGGUGGUGAUUUUACUGCAAAUAGCAAUCAAAAUCAAAAACCCAAUUUGAUUAAUGACCCCAAAAGCAGAAAAUUCGGCAAUAAAAAUUGUGAUUUUACUGUAAAUAACAAUGAUCACAAGUCUUUUGAAAAGUUUAAGAACCUCCCAAAGCUCCCAUUAGUGAAAGCUAGUGCGUUGGGUUCAUGGCAGGUGGACCAGGGUGAGCUUGAAGAGAAAGUAAUGGGUGCAGGUGAGAGAAAGAGCGUGGACAUUAAAAACGCAGAGGAAUGGAAGAAUCUAGUGGAGAAGAAGAAGGAGCUUGGAGAGAGAUUAUUAGCACAAUAUACUUUGGAUUAUGAGGCUUCCAGGGGACAAAGUGGGGAUAUUAAAAUGCUCAUUGCCACUCAAAGGUCGGGAACAGCUGCUGAUAAGGUUUCGGCUUAUUCUGUUCUAAUUGGUGAUAAUCCAAUUGCCAAUAUGCGAUCGCUUGAUGCACUUUUAGCAAUGGUGACAUCAAAGGUUGGGAAGCGUCAUGCACUUUCGGGUUUUGAAGCUUUGAAAGAGUUGUUUCUACAAAGUCUGUUGCCUGAUCGUAAGCUGAAGACCCUUUUCCAGCGGCCCCUCAACCAAAUUCCUGAAACAAAAGAUGGUCAUUCUCUUCUGCUGUUUUGGUAUUGGGAGGAAUGCUUGAAAUUGAGAUAUGAACAUUUUGUCUCUGCACUAGAGGAGGCAUCAAAGGACAUGUUACGUGUACUUAAAGACAAGGCAUUGAAGAUGAUGUAUGCUUUGCUACGAAGCAAGUCAGAGCAAGAGCGAAGGUUGCUCACUGCACUAGUCAAUAAACUAGGAGAUCCCGACAACAAGGCUGCAUCAAAUGCUGAUUAUUAUCUGACUAAUCUUCUUUCUGAUCACCCAAACAUGAAGGCAGUGGUGAUUGAUGAAGUGGACUCAUUUUUGUUUCGGCCACACUUGGGGUUGCGUUCAAAGUAUCGAGCUGUGACUUUUCUAAAUAAAACUCGUUUAAGUCACAAAGGAGACGGGCCUAAGGUAGCAAAACGCUUGGUAGAUGUGUACUUCGCACUGUUUAAGGUACUUAUCUCAGGGGUAGGAAAUAGUCAUAAAAAUAAAGAGAGCAAAGAUGGAAAAAAGUCAACUAGCAAGGAUGAUGAAGCACAGUUUUUGUCAGAAUCUCAUGUGGAAAUGGAUUCACGCCUUUUAUCAGCUAUUCUGACUGGAGUGAAUAGGGCGUUUCCAUUUGUUUCUGGGGAUGAGGCUGAUGAAAUCGUUGAUGUCCAGACUCCAAUGCUUUUUCGUCUUGUUCAUUCACAAAAUUUCAAUGUUGGCAUCCAAGCACUAAUGCUUCUUGACAAAAUUUCUUCCAAGAAUCAAGUUGUUAGUGAUCGGUUUUAUCGUGCUUUAUAUGCAAAAUUAUUGCUUCCUGCUGCCCUUAAUACCUCCAAGGCAGAGAUGUUUAUUGGACUACUACUUCGAGCAAUGAAGAAUGAUAUAAAUUUAAAGCGUGUAGCUGCAUUUUCAAAGCGUCUACUUCAGGUUUCACUACAACAACCACCUCAGUAUGCCUGUGCAUGCGUGUUUCUCCUCUCUGAAGUCCUGAAAUCACGGCCACCUCUUUGGAAUAUAGCUAUUCAAAAUGAGGCAGUUGAUGAAGAUCUUGAACAUUUUGAAGAUGCUCCAGAUGAUGCUGAAAAUUCACCUUCUGCUGAAGCUAAUAUGCCAAAUAUAAGUAAUGAAGUUGAUAAAGGUAGUGUUGAAGAUUUCCACUUUGAUAAUGAGUCCUCUGAAGAUGAGGAAGCUGCUUCUGCAUCUUUUUCCGGAGAUGAUUUGUCAGGUGAAGAUGAAGAGAUAAUUAUGAGGAAAAAUGUUGAGAAGCCCCAAGAAUCCAAUUUUAGUAAGUUAUCUGAUGGGAAUGAAAACCAGCUUGAUUCCAAAAGUAAACCUUCACUGCCUGGCGGUUAUGAUCCUCGUCAUCGAGAACCUUCUUUUUGCAAUGCAGAUCAUACUAGCUGGUGGGAGCUGACCGUUUUGGCCUCUCACACGCAUCCAUCAGUGUCUACCAUGGCUCGGACUCUUCUUUCUGGAGCGACCAUUGUCUAUAAUGGGAAUCCACUGAAUGAUCUUUCUCUUACUGCUUUUCUGGACAAGUUCAUGGAAAAGAAGCCUAAGCAGAGCUCAUGGCAUGGUGGUUCCAGUAUUGAACCCGCGAAAAAGCUUGACAUGAACAAACAUAUAGUUGGGCCCGAAAUUCUUGCGUUGGCUGAAGCUGAUGUACCUCCAGAGGACCUAGUGUUUCACAAGUUCUACAUGAACAAGACUAGUUCGUCAGUAAAGCCAAAGAAGAAAAAGAAGGGAGCUCAAGAAGCAGAAGCUGCAGAACUGUAUGGUGGUGAUGAGAGUGAUGAUGAAGAGAUCAACAACUUGUUGUCGAGAGAGGCUCCCUUGGAAGCCGAUGGAGAUUAUGAUUAUGAUGAUCUAGAUAAGGUUGCUAAUGAAGAUGAUGAUGAUUUAAUUGGUGAUGUUAGCGAUAAUGAGAUGGACAUGGACGCAUUUUCAGAUGGUGAUGCUGCUGGCGAUGGUCACCCCGCUAAUUUCGGUGGCGAGAGUGAUGAUGGGGAUUCCAUGAGUGAUAUGGAUGAUAUGAGUGAUGAGGAGAUCAAAAUUGGCGACAUGGACGAUGUUAGCGAUGAUGAAAAUGGUCGUGAAGCUUUCAGAUCAAAGAAGGGAAAGAAGUCUUCAGCCUCUCCGUUUGCAAGCCUUGAAGAUUAUCAACAUUUGCUUGAUGAUGAUUUAGAGGAAGAGAAGUCAGACGAAGAGGAUAACAAGGUCAAGUCGCGAAGAAAAAGAAAACACAAUGUCGAGACCGACAAGAAGAUAAGCAAGAAACACAAGAGAAAGAAGGGUAAAACCAGUGGUUAAUGUCUUUGAUUCUGUUGCUUGUUUUAAUAGCAAACUAAAUCCACAUUGAGAAUUUCCAUGCAUUUUCCCCGACUUGCAUAUUGCCUGGGCUUACAAUCAGUGUAAUAAGCAGCAACAGUG